GUUUGCCCUCGCAAUAGCGCUGUGUUGAACAUCUACAUUCAGGCUACUGCACCCUGCCAUAUUAAGCAUGCAGCGCGUGGCUUUGUCAGGCGUGGGCCUAGUGGCCGAGCCUCUGGGAUGUUGGCGUGGAAUGGCAAUGCUUAGUGACACAUUUGCAUUAUCAAGUAGGCAAAUGCGAACAGACAGUGCGGGGUGUCAAGCUGUGCCAAGUUCCAGCCAUUCAUCAACAAUUGAAGGGCCGGAAGUUUGCGGGAGGCGAGAUAGCAGGACAAGACGAGGCAGGAUCUUCCGCGGCACCUACCGCGAGGAGCUGCCGCGCCAGGGGCUCCACCCGCAGCAGUUCCCAGGCGGCCCCGCCUUCCACCGCCCCGGAUCCCACGGCUGGCGCGAUGAGCCCUUCCGGUACCCUGACUCGCUCUCGCCGCAACAGCAACAGCAGCAGCCGCAACCUCAGCAGCAGCAGGCGCCCGCUGCGUAGCCCACCGCGCUGCUGAAGCGGUCGCAAUUUGGCGCGUCAGGACGGCGCUUGAUAGGGAUUACGAAAUUUGCUGGCAGCAGCGGAGGCCUAGACCGUGUUUUGUUGGGUGACGGUGUGAUGUGUGCGGGCCCGGCGUGCUGCCUGCCGGGUGUGGGCGCGGUGUUGGGUGCGUGCGUGGGUCCGCGGCUCAGGGCGCAUCCAUCCUGGGUGGUUUGCUGAAUAUGUGCAUGUGGAGGGAUAUGGGGAGGGUCAGCCAGCGAAGACGUUGGAAGGCGAGCCCCUGGUUGCAGGGGUCAGGCGAUGAGGUGUGCAGGCUGGGACGGAGCUAAGAAGCUGGGGUGCCUGUGGCAGCAAGGGCAGGAAGGACACCACUCCUCCGCGGGUUCCGAACGGUGUGUGUGUCAUUGACACGCCUCUCCUAUCUUUCUGUGGGAGGCCAACACACACAAGAGGAAAGAGGUGCAGUAGUUAUCCGGGGCUGGGGGUUCGGUGGGUUGCGUAGGAUGAGCAGGAGCCGGCGGAUGGUGCGGUUGCAGCCGCGGGUUGGGCUGCAGGCUGCUAGCCGCCGCCGCUGCCCGUCGCACGCUGGGAGCCAGGGAGAGGACGACCGCGUGUGUAUGUAUGCUGUCUGCUGCGCUGUGAAGGCGGUGCGAUCAACUGAGGCACGACGACACAGGGGAUGUGGGGGUUCAGGUGCCACCGCAGUGGUGUCGUGUGGCAGUACCUGCAUGCGUGGGCGCACGUCUGCUGCCAUGUCCCGGCAAUGCAUCCGGAACAAUGAAUGGUGUGCCUGUGCGCCCGGAAGCUGUUCGGUUGGGUGCUGCAGGGCUGUGGGGUUCCCCUGCAUCACGUGCAGCUGCGGUGUCGAGUGUACGGCUGCACAGGACAAUCAUGGUGCAGUUUC